AUGCAUCAUGUUACUCCAGAUAUAGAAAAUUUGAGUGCUGCUGAUGAUUUCAAGGGUCUUGAUCAAUUCUCUGUUGUUAAGGGAACUACCAUUCGCACUGUCCUGUCUCUUGCUACUAUUCACCAUUGGUCUAUGCAUCAAAAUGACAUAUCAAAUACCUUCCUUCAUGGUUCACUUGAGAAUGAAAUUUAUAUGAAGCAACCAACCGUAUUCAUUGAUUCUUCUAAACCUGAUCACAUGACCAUUGGAAGGCUAUUAAAUGCCUACUGCGAUAUCUUCAACAUACUGCUCAACUUGGAUUAUUCAUCACCAAAAAUUCAGAUUUUCAAAUUCAUUGCUUCAGUGACAGUGAUUGGGGAAGUUGUCCUGAUGACUGAAGAUUUACAAAUGGUUACGAAUGGGUAUCAAUCAUUGUAA